GGGAACAGAAACCUGAAGGUUGGACCAUCAUGGCGGGGGGGCGGGCUCUUCUGCUCUGCCUUAUUGUAGUGGCGUGUUUCCAUGGCAACGCCUCUCAGACAUUAGUCUGCACCCAAGAGGCCGUGGCUGACAUCGUCUUCAUGGUGGACGGCUCGUGGAGCAUCGGCUCAGAAAACUUCGAGCAGAUCCGUCGGUUUCUGAACACGCUGGUCAGCAGCUUUGACAUCGGUCCGGAUCACGUCCAGAUGGGCCUGGUCCAGUACAGCACGGAUCCCCACACCGAGUUCAGCCUCAACACCUACCAGAACAAAGAGGACAUUCUGGCGUACAUCAAGUCAUUGCCUUACCGAGGGGGCGGGACCUACACCGGGCAGGGGUUGGACUUCAUGCUGAAGCAUCACUUCGUGGCAGCAGCAGGGAGCCGGGCCCAGCAGAAGGCGUCGCAGAUCGCUGUGGUCAUCACUGACGGAAAGUCUCAGGAUGAUGUGGAGCCCUACGCCGAGGAGCUGAGGAGGAGGGGCAUCGUCCUCUACGCCGUCGGAAUCAAAGAGGCGGAUGAAGCUGAGCUGCAGCUGAUAGCCAACAAACCUCACAGUCAGCACAUCUUCAGCGUGUCGGACUUCACGGCUCUGCAGGGAAUCUCCCAGAACAUCGUCCACACACUGUGCACCACCGUAGAGGAAGCCAAGAGACAAGUCCUGAAACUGUCCCCAGAAUGUGUCGAAGCCACCGUAGCUGACAUCGUCUUCCUGGUCGAUGGCUCAUCCAGCAUUGGCGAAACUGACUUUAAGGAAGUUAGAGAGUUUCUGAGAAGUGUCUUCUCAGGCCUUGACAUCGGCCCAGACAGGGUCCAAGUCGGCUUGGCUCAGUACAGUGAUGACCCACACCCAGAGUUUCUGCUGAAAGACCACUUGAACCCCGAGUCUCUGCUGGCAGCAGUUGACAAGUUGCCCUACCGAGGAGGAAACACACAGACGGGCAAAGCCAUAGAGUUCCUACGCACGCAGUUCUUCACAAAGGAGGCAGGGAGCCGAGCCAGUCAGCGAGUGCCUCAGAUCGCUGUGGUCAUCACAGAUGGGGCCUCCAGCGAUGAAGUUAAGAUGCCGGCCCAGAAUCUGCGAAAGCAUGGGGUCAUCGUCUUCGCUAUCGGGGUAGGACAGGCAGACAUGGAUCAACUAGAGUACAUCGCUAACCGGCCACCAGAUCGCUUCCGGUUCAGCAUCGACAGCUACCAGGCCUUGCAGAGGUUGACAAAAAAUCUUUUGCAGACGGUCUGUGUCUCCAUGAAGGAUCAGAGACAAGCUUUGGCGGAAAGGUUUGCAGACGUGUUUUUCCUUGUGGAUGGUAGUUUAUCACAAUCCCAGAUCCAGGAUAUCGGAACCGUCUUAAACCAACUGACCAAUCAGCUCGACUUUACACCUUCUGGGUACCGACUUGGUUUGGCCUUCUAUGGUCCGCAGGUGCAGGAGGAGUUUCUCCUCAAUGAGUACCAAAGCAAAGCAGAGAUCCAGGCUGCCAUCAGAACUCUCCAGUCACCCGGUCUUUCACCCACUGAUCCUCAUAACCUGGGUGCCGCCUUGAAGUACGCCAGCACUAGCUUUUUCUCCACAGAUGCAGGAGGCCGAGCGGGCCAAGGCUACCGACAGUUCCUGGUUGUUUUGACUGGAAAAAAAUCAGAUGAUUCUGUGGAUGAACAGACCAUUAUCAUCCAAUCAGAAGGAGUAACCGUGGUGGGAAUGAGUCUCGGCACAAUUACAAGGGAAUUAGAGAUACAAUUACAGAGGAUAGCCACUCCGCCGCACGUUUACCAGUUCAACGUGGACAUAGCGCCUCUGCUCCAGAAAAUCUUUGAAAAUGAGACAACAGAGACUUUCCAGAUUGGAGAGUGCAAAGCUGCCAGACUGGCAGAUAUUGUGUUCAUUGUUGAUGAGUCCGGAAGCAUCGGAGACACCAACUUCCAGCUGGUUCGAACCUUCCUGCACUCAGUUAUCAACGGCCUAGAGAUUGAUCCAGCAAAGGUCCGAGUGGGUAUUGUCCUGUACAACACAGAACCUAAGGCACAUAUCUACCUGAACACCUUCACCAUCAAAACUGAACUGCUGGACUUUGUCAAAAUACUUCCUUACCGAAAAGGGGGCACGCACACCGGAGCUGCCCUGAAUUAUACCCGUGAGAAAGUCUUCUUCGACGAGAAUGGAAGUAGGAAGGAUAAGGGUGUCCAGCAAGUGGCAGUGGUGAUCACAGAUGGAAAAUCUCAGGAUGACGUGAGCAGAGCAGCAGCUAGUCUUCGUCAUGAGGGGGUUACUGUUUACGCAGUGGGAGUUCAAAAUGCUAGCGAGGCGGAGCUACGACAGAUAGCAUCAUAUCCUUCAGAGAAUUAUGUAUUCACUGUGGAAAGCUUCAGCAAACUGAAAGCUCUGGAGAAGAACCUGAAGAAAACACUCUGCCACAACAUCGUAGAGCAAGCAGUCUCUGUUGUUACAAGAAGAAAUGACAUCAAAGAAGGCUGUGUACAAACAAAUGAAGCAGACAUUUUUUUCCUGAUUGACCACUCAGGAAGCAUUCAGCCAACGGACUUCCAGGACAUGAAGAAGUUCAUUCAUGAGUUCAUUAACACCUUCCAUAUUGGACCAGAAAAUGUUCGCUUAGGGAUUGUAAAGUAUUCAGAUUCACCGACCCUGGAGUUUGAUCUAACAAAACACACAAAUUCAAAAACUUUGGAAAAAGCUGUGGAGGCAAUCCAACAGGAAGGAGGUGGGACAGAGACAGGGAAAGCUCUGGACUUCAUGGGUCCUCUGUUCAAGAACGCAGUGGCAACUCGAGGCCAUAAAGUCGCAGAGUACCUGGUGGUCAUCACUGAUGGGAAGUCAACCGACAAGGUCGAAGCUCCUGCAAAGGCUCUACGGAAGCAGGGUGUCACCAUCUAUGCCAUUGGUGUGAAAAACGCUAAUAAAAACGAGCUAGACGAAAUCUCCGGGAACCCCAGGAAGACUUUCUUUGUCAACGACUUUGAUGCCCUCAUCCCGAUCCGAGAUGACAUAAUCAGAGACAUCUGUACUACAGAAGUUUGCAAAAACCAGCCAGGCGACGUCCUGUUCUUGAUUGACAGCUCUUGGAGCAUUUCUUCAGAACAAUACGACAAAAUGAAAGAGUUCAUGAACUCUCUCAUCAACGCAUCCUUCAUUGGGGAGAACGAGGUGCGUGUUGGCGUCAUGCAGUUCAGCGACGUUCAGGAGCUCGUGUUCCCCCUUAACCUCCACUUUACCAAAGAUGAGAUGUUGAAGAGCAUCAACGACAUGCAGCAGAUAGCCGAAGGAACGCUGACGGGUGAAGCAAUCACUGAGGUGUCUCAGUACUUCGACCCAGCCAAAGGAGGACGUCCAGAUCUGCGACAGAGUCUUAUAGUGAUUACUGACGGCGAGGCCCAAGAUGAGGUCAAAGGUCCCGCUAAGAGACUGAGGGCCAAGGGAGUCCUGGUCUAUGCCAUAGGAGUGGUGGAUGCUAACACCGCCCAGCUGCUGGAGAUCAGUGGAUCAUCUGAAAGAAUAUACUCUGUGAAGGACUUUGAUGGUUUGAAGCACCUGGAAAGCCAGAUUUCCUUGGAGCUGUGCGAUCCAACAAGAGAUUGUAAGAAAACAGCCGAUAUCAUCUUCCUGGUGGACGGAUCCAGCAGCAUCAGCCUAACCAAGUUCAAGAGCAUGCAGAAAUUUAUGCAGUCCAUGGUAAACCAAACCACCAUUGGCAAAAACCUCACCCGCAUUGGAGUCAUUCUCUACUCCGACAACCCCAAGUCUGUCUUCACUCUGAACACAUACAGCACCAGACAUAAAGUUUUCAAAGCUAUUUCAGACCUCAAGCCUCCACAGAAAAACACCUACACCGGAAAAGCUCUGGAGUACUCUCUUCAGUACUUCAACGAGGAGCAUGGAGGUCGAGCCAAACUUCGGGUACCUCAGAUCCUCAUGGUGAUCACAGACGGAGACGCCACUGACCCUAACAAUCUGGAGAAGCCAUCGCUGGCGCUGAGGAACAAAGGAAUCAACGUCUUCAGUAUCGGAGUAGAAGGAGCCAAUUUGGAGCAGUUGGAGAUCAUGACUGGUCACGACAAAUCCAGAGUUUUCUAUGUAGACAACUUUGCUGCUCUGGAAACUCUCUAUAGGAACAUCACGCAUGUGCUCUGCAACUACACCAAGCCAGUUUGUGAGAAGCAGCAGGCCGACCUGGUUUUUCUCCUUGAUCAGUCUGGCAGUAUUAGUCAAAAUGACUACACCUUGAUGAAAAACUUCACCAUUGAGCUGAUAAACAGUUUUAAUGUCAGCAAGGAUUUUGUGCGCGUUGGACUCGCCCAGUUCGCCAGCAGCUUUCAGGACGAGUUUUACCUGGACGGGUUCUACACAGAGACAGAGAUGUCCGACCACAUCCAGAAGAUGUGGCAGAAGGGUGGGGGAACAAAAAUCGGAGUUGCCCUGGACUCCAUCAAGACUUAUUUUGAAGCUUUGCAUGGCAGCCGCAAAGCUGAAUCAAUCUCCCAGAAUCUGAUUCUGAUCACGGAUGGAGAUUCUGAGGAUGAUGUGGAGGAAGCGGCUCUUCAUCUCCAAUCUCUGGGGAUCGAGAUGUUCGCCAUCGGCAUCGGAAACGUCCACAAUCUGGAGCUGCUGCAGAUCACCGGUGAUCCGAGGAGGCUGUUCACUGUGGAGAACUUUGACAGCCUGAAGACCAUCAAGAAGAAGGUGAUCGACACCAUCUGCAAGUCCAAAGUCCCUUCUACUGUUUCAGACUGCACCAUCGACAUCGCCAUGGGCUUCGAUAUCUCUCGAAGACGAGCUGCUCCCAGUGAGGUGCUGACCAGCGGUCAUUCAAAGCUGCAGGCCUUCCUCCCAGAGAUCGCCCAGUACCUUUCUUUAGUCCCGCGCCUGUGCUGCACCACCAAGCCCAUCAGCACCAACUUGGCGUACCGCUUGGUGAAACGCGACGGGCGCGUCCUGGAUGACUUCAACUUCGAGGGCUACAGCGAGGACGUGUUGAAGAAGGUCAUGACCCUGAAUUUAUCUGAGCCCACGUACUUCAACACAGCCAUGCUCAGGUCCUUCCAGGACAAGUUCAAGUCCGAGUCCGGAGCCGGAGUGAAGGUUCUGGUGAUUUUCUCUGACGGACUGGAUGAAGAUGUGAUGACUCUGGAGAAUGAAUCUGAGCUGCUGCGACAGUCCGGAGUCAGCGCUCUGCUUGUGGUGGCUCUGGAAGGAGCUCGAGACGCCGCUCAGCUGCAGAUGGUGGAGUUCGGUCGAGGCUUCGGAUACAAACUGCCUCUGAGCAUCGGCAUGCCGAGCGUGGGCAGCACCAUCCUCAAACAGAUCGACGGCGUGUCGGACCGGGAGUGCUGCGGCGUCAUGUGUAAAUGUUCGGGGCACGAAGGGGUCCGAGGCUCCCGGGGCCCCCCGGGGCCAAAGGGCGUGUCGGGACACAACGGUUACCCCGGGUUCCCAGGAGAGGAAGGCGUCUCUGGAGACCGGGGCAAGUCUGGACCCAGUGGACCUUCAGGUGUCCAAGGCUGUCCUGGACUCAGAGGACAGAAGGGGAACCGAGGCCUGAGGGGGAACCGGGGAGAAAAUGGAGAGGACGGGCUGGAUGGAGUGGAUGGAGAGCAGGGAUCCACGGGUCAGGAUGGAGCUCGAGGAGAACCAGGAAGACCAGGAAACCCAGGUAUCCCAGGCAUCAGAGGAGAGCCAGGUCUGAGAGGACAGCGAGGACUGAGAGGAGAUCCGGGAGAACCAGGGUCCGAUAACACCACACCAGGACCUCGAGGAGAACCUGGAAACCCAGGACUGCCGGGUCCGGAUGGGAGACGUGGUCCUCCUGGUGGGAAGGGCCUAAACGGACCAAAAGGUUCUGAUGGACAGCCAGGUCUUCAAGGUGCUUCUGGACCUCAGGGUCCCAGAGGGGUUCCAGGUCCACCAGGACCACCAGGGAUGCGGGGUCUUCCUGGUCGUCAGGGAGCACCAGGACCAUUCGGAGAACGGGGACAAGAUGGACGCCGUGGAGCAACUGGACAGAAGGGCCAACCUGGAGAUCCGGGUGACCUGGGUACUUCAGGACCACCGGGGGCCAGAGGAACACCUGGUCAGGACGGCAGAGACGGUUUUGGACCAGCUGGACCCAGGGGUGCAAAGGGAGAUCCUGGUUUCCCUGGAUACCCGGGUCUGAUGGGGGAAGACGGUUUGCUGGGACCCCCAGGACAACCAGGACGUAAAGGGAACCGGGGUCGAGCGGGUAACUCAGGACUGAAGGGAGGAUCUGGACUCCCUGGAGAUCCAGGAUAUCCAGGUCACAGGGGUCCUCCAGGACGUCCUGGAGAACAGGGCAUGACGGAGUGUCAGCUGGUCUCCUACAUCAGAGACAACUGUGCUUGUUCUGCAGGUGAGGUCAGCGACCCGCUGAGACCCAGCGGCACCAGAUCCUCUUCAGGUCGCUCAGAGUGCCCAGCCUACCCCACAGAGCUGGUCUUCGGUCUGGACAUGUCUAACGAUGUGACCCCAGUGGCCUUUGAGAGGCAACGGUCCGCCCUUCUCGCUCUGCUGGAGGACAUCAGUGUGGCAGAGAGCAACUGUCCGACAGGCGCUCGGGUCGCUGUGGUCGGGUUCAGCUCCCACACCAAGCACCUGAUCCGCUUCCAGGACUAUCGCCGCAAGUCCCAGCUGGUGGAUGCCAUCAAGAAUAUCGCCCCGGAGAGGACAUCCAACAAGAGGCACCUGGGCUCGGCCAUGCGCUUCGUGGGUCAGAACGUCUUCAAACGGGUGCGAGCAGGGACCAUGAUGAGGAAGGUGGCCGUUUUCUUCUCUAGUGGAGCUUCUGAAGACGCUGAUGACAUCGUGACCGCUGUCAUGGAGUACCGGGCCCAGAACAUCAUCCCUGCAGUCAUCUCUCUGAGACAAGCCAACAACAUCCGCAAGGCUCUGGAGCUCGAUGACUCUGGUAGGUCCAUCUUCACGGUUCUGACCCGGCCCAGGGACCUGGCAGCAGAAUUGAGGAAGGUCAAGAACUGUGCUGUCUGCUACGACCCGUGCCGGCGCUCCGAGGACUGCUCCUUCAUCCAGGACCCAGUGCCGCCUCAGAAAAUAGACAUGGACCUGGUCAUGGUUCUGGACGGAUCCAGGGAGAUGCAGGCAGAUGAGUUUAUUGGCGCUCAGCAGCUGCUGGGUUCUGUGGUGGAGCAGCUGGCUGUGAGUUCUCAGCCCCGCCAGGCCGGAACCGAGGCCCGAGUGGCCGUGGUCCAACAGAACAAGCUGGAGUUCGACCUGCAGACCUACCGGGACCGGACCCAGAUAAAGGACUACCUGGUCCGGAACAUGCAGCAGCGGGGAGGCUACUCUGCGCUGGGACAGACCCUUAACUACACCCUGCAGGAGGUUCUGAACAAGGUGUCCCAGUCCCGCAGGAGGAGGGUCGUGUUCACCGUGGUGGGUACUGAGACCGCCUACACGGACCGGGUCAGGCUGCGCUACAUGUCCCAGAAGGCCAGGUGUGACGGCACGGUUCUGUUUGUGGUGACGGUCGGACAUCGCUACAACCGGACGCAGGUGGAGGAGCUGGCCAGUCUGCCGGUCCAGCAGCACCUGGUCCACGUCAGACGGCUGAAGUCCGACGAUCAGGACUAUGUGCAGCGCUUCUUCAGGAUCUUCCUGUCCGCCCUGAACAAGGGAAUGAACAAGUACCCUCACCCUUCUCUGAAACGAACCUGUGAUCAGCUGGAAGACCAGGGACCAGUACUGGAUCCAGGACAGGGACCAGUACUGGAUCCAGGACAGGGACCAGUACUGGAUCCAGGACAGGGACCAGUACUGGAUCCAGGACAAAGCUUUGUCACAGGAGAUUAUGAGGGGCAGACCUUUCAGGAGCAGACAGGAGGGCAGACCCAGGUGGACCUCACAGAGACCCUCAUCACUGGAGACAGCCGGAGACCUGGUCCUGGGCUGAUCCAGCAGACGGACUCGUCCUCUGAAGACGCCUGUGUCCUGGGCCAGGACCCCGGCAGCUGCCAGGAGUACUCCAUGAUGUGGUUCUUCAACACGGUCCAGAUGAGGUGCGAGCGCUUCUGGUACGGAGGCUGCGGCGGCAACAAGAACCGCUUCGAGAGGCGUGAAGAGUGUGAGGAAGCGUGUGUGACGAAGAGUCGAUGAAGAGGAGGAGGAGGGUCUCUGCGGUCAGGACUAACACCAGUCUGGACUGGACCAGGAGUCGUCUUCAACACGUCAGGUCCUGAAGACGUUUCCUCUGAGUCUCAUCAAGCUUCAGUUUGUUCCUUCAUCUCUGCAGAAAAACUAAAGGUUCUGUUGGGUCAGAAAGAGUCCAGUUCAUGGUUCUGAUCCUGGUUUCUAUCUGGAUCCAACAGAACCCUGAAAUAAACAGCUGGUCCACCAGCCUGACCCGGCUCGUGUUCUGGUUCUGUAUAAACUUUAAUCUGUAGAUCUGACUGCAUCAUGUGACCAUUAGAUUGAUCUGAUUCAAAAGUUGAACUUCAGGUUCUGCUUUGAUUUCUUAAAACAACAAAACUUUAGGUUCAUAAAGUCACCAGUAGGUGGCGCCACUCAGAACAAAACCUGACAUUUUCAGGACAGAUGUUACAUUUCUGCUCUGCUGUUAUUAAAACCUUCAGUGUCGAAUCAAAGCAUGGACAAAUCUGUGACUCAGAGGAAACUGUAGAGCUUCAGGACCUCCUCUCUGUAGAACCCCAGCACUUCCUGUUGUCAGGGUUCCACUUCCUGUUGUCAGGGGUUCCACUUCCUGUUGUACUCAAAGCUUUUCAACACGUUGGGUUUAUGUCAUCCUCAGAUGUGGUGCUAUGUUUCUCUGCCGAUGAAUAUGAAGAAUUUAAUGUUUGACAGAAUCGCAGCAGAUAAUAAAGAUAUUCUGUAAACCA